AUGGAACGGAUACCAACGGUUAUCCUUCUGUGCCUAGUGGCUCUUUGUACCUUUGCAUAUGGCCAAGAACAGCAGGUGAAUGCUCCAAAUGCUCCUCAAGCAGUAAAUGCACAGCCCGUACAAGCACAACAAGUACCACAGCAGCAGCAGCAACAACAACAACCCCCACCGCAGCCAGCUGUGAAUGCACAACCUCAGCAGCAACAAGGUGGCGAGACUCUUCUCAGUUUUGACGCUUGCAAAGAAGAUAUCCAUCGUCUUUGUAACAAGGAAGGUGUGGAUCUAAAAAGUGAUUUGUCCAUUCUUGAAUGUCUACAAGAUGCUGGCCAAACUAUGGCAGCAACACUUACGCGGCAAUGUGAGGAUCUUGUGUGGCAGUUUAAGGUGGGUAGCCUUUUUAUGAAACUUUUACUAGGCAUUCCAUGUCUCAUAAUUUCAUACCAUUUUGUAUGACA